AGUACAUUUCAUAUUGCAAAUAUUGAGAGAUGGCUCCUUGCCAGAAUCACAGGCCCACUGAUCACUGAGCUGAAACACUCCAUACAGGCGCCCGACUACAGGCUCCUUCUCCCUAAAGAUGGGAUGGCUGGGUGUGUUAAAACCACGAAUGUCACGCCGGACUCUGCGGUUACUCGAGGCAUUCCCUGGGGUGGAUUUUGAAGGAGAGAUUGUGAAGGGUCCUGAGGAGAGAUUUCUGCUGGAGCCUGUGGUGGUGCUUGUGGUAGAUCCUGAGUUGUUGCCUGUGGCAGGACUUGCGGUAUGUUUUGUUUUGGAGUCUGUGGUGGAGGUUGAAGUGGGGCUUGAGGUGGAGUCUGUGGUGGUGCUUGUAAUAGAUCCUGAGGUGGAGCCUCUAGUGGGAUUUAUGGUAGGGUUUGUGCCAGGUCUUGCAGUGGGUCUUGUGUUGGAGUCUGUGGUGGUGCUUGUGGUAGAUCCUGAGGUGGAGCCUCUAGUGGGAUUUAUGGUAGGGUUUGUGCCAGGUCUUGCGGUUGGUCUUGCAGUGGGUCUUGUGUUGGAGUCUGUGGUGGAGGUUGAAGUGGAGCUUGAGGUGGAGUCUGUGGUGGUGCUUGUGGUAGAUCCUGAGGUGGAGCCUCUAGUGGGAUUUAUGGUAGGGUUUGUGCCAGGUCUUGUGGUGGGUCUUGUGUUGGAGUCUGUGGUGGGGGUUGAAGUGGAGCCUGAGGUAGAGCUUAAGGUGGAGUCUGGCGUGGUGCUUGAGGUAGAUUCUGAGGUGGAGCCUCUGGUGGGAUUGUUGGUAGGUCUUGUGACAGGUCUUGCAGUGGAGUCUGUGGUGGUGCUUGUGGUAGAUUCUGAGAUGGAGCCUCUGGUGGGAUUGUUGGUAGGUCUUGUGACAGAUCUUGUGUUGGAGUCUGUGGUGGUGCUUGAGGUAGAUUCUGAGGUGGAGCCUCUGGUGGGAUUGUUGGUAGGUCUUGUGACAGGUCUUGUGUUGGAGUCUGUGGUGGUGCUUGUGGUAGAUUCUGAGAUGGAGCCUCUGGUGGGAUUGUUGGUAGGUCUUGUGACAGGUCUUGUGUUGGAGUCUGUGGUGGUGCUUGUGGUAGAUUCUGAGGUGAAGCCUCUGGUGGGAUUGUUGGUAGGUCUUGUGACAGGUCUUGUGUUGGAGUCUGUGGUGGUGCUUGUGGUAGAUUCUGAGGUGAAGCCUCUGGUGGGAUUGUUGGUAGGUCUUGUGACAGAUCUUGUGUUGGAGUCUGUGGUGGUGCUUGUGGUAGAUUCUGAGGUGGAGCCUCUGGUGGGAUUGUUGGUAGGUCUUGUGACAGGUCUUGUGUUGGAGUCUGUGGUGGUGCUUGUGGUAGAUUCUGAGGUGGAGCCUCUGGUGGGAUUGUUGGUAGGUCUUGUGACAGGUCUUGUGUUGGAGUCUGUGGUGGUGCUUGUGGUAGAUUCUGAGGUGGAGCCUCUGGUGGGAUUGUUGGUAGGUCUUGUGACAGGUCUUGUGUUGGAGUCUGUGGUGGUGCUUGUGGUAGAUUCUGAGGUGAAGCCUCUGGUGGGAUUGUUGGUAGGUCUUGUGACAGAUCUUGUGUUGGAGUCUGUGGUGGUGCUUGUGGUAGAUUCUGAGGUGGAGCCUCUGGUGGGAUUGUUGGUAGGUCUUGUGACAGGUCUUGUGUUGGAGUCUGUGGUGGUGCUUGUGGUAGAUUCUGAGGUGAAGCCUCUGGUGGGAUUGUUGGUAGGUCUUGUGACAGAUCUUGUGUUGGAGUCUGUGGUGGUGCUUGUGGUAGAUUCUGAGGUGGAGCCUCUGGUGGGAUUGUUGGUAGGUCUUGUGACAGGUCUUGUGUUGGAGUCUGUGGUGGUGCUUGUGGUAGAUUCUGAGGUGGAGCCUCUGGUGGGAUUGUUGGUAGGUCUUGUGACAGGUCUUGUGUUGGAGUCUGUGGUGGUGCUUGUGGUAGAUUUUGAGGUGGAGCCUCUGGUGGGAUUGUUGGUAGGUCUUGUGACAGAUCUUGUGUUGGAGUCUGUGGUGGUGCUUGUGGUAGAUUUUGAGGUGGAGCCUCUGGUGGGAUUGUUGGUAGGUCUUGUGACAGAUCUUGUGGUGGAGUCUGUGGUGGUGCUUGUGGUAGAUUCUGAGAUGGAGCCUCUGGUGGGAUUGUUGGUAGGUCUUGUGACAGGUCUUGUGGUGGAGUCUGUGGUGGUGCUUGUGGUAGAUUCUGAGGUGGAGCCUCUGGUGGGAUUGUUGAUUCUGAGGUGGAGCCUCUGGUGGGAUUUAUGGUAG